GCGCGCUCCCGAGCUCCGCACCGCACCAAAACCACACGCCGAGCCGCCGCAGACAUGUGUACACCUGCGGCCCACCCCGCACACCCCGCCCGCCCCAGCCUGCUGGUGCUGCGGGCGGCCGAGUGAGGGGCCCUGCGCUCCUGGCAUGGGCAGCGUGGGAAGUGGAGCCUCCAGCCAGCGGGCCAUCACCAUGCGCAGCGUGGGCACACGCACCACCCCUAACGGCCCCCUGGUAGCCCGCCGCCGCCUGGAUGACCGCAGCUUCAGCGCCGACCGCCUGCCACCGCCCGCCACCAAAACGGCCGGCGUGUUGGUACCGGACGAGCCCAGCGGCUACAGCGGCCAGAGGGAGUGCCACGGCAACAGCCGCGACCCUUCUCACAAUGCCUCUUCCUCCAGCCGGCAGCACACCGCCAACGGGGAGCGACUGCCAUCCAGCUCCUCGUUCUCCAACGGUGCGGCGAGGAGAGAAAGCCACAGGCGAGGGGAGAGCAUGGACAUGUGUGGAAACAGCAUAGUCCUCACAAACGACAAGAACGGCAGCCACCAAGCGCCGCCGCAGCACAAGGACAAGAGCAAAGCCAAGACAGACAACCAGACCCCUCCCAACAUCCUACCCGUCUCCGGCAAGCUGGAGCAAGCACAGGACCCUGACACACUGGUCCGUCCCUCUGCCUUCAAGCCUGUGGUCCCCAAGAGUUUCCACUCCAUGCAGAACCUUGUGUGCCCCCUCCAGGCCAGUGCAGGUGCUGGAGGGGGUCCAGGCAGCAGUGGCAGUGGAGGCAGCGGAGGCGAGAGAACAGGGCACGCUGCCUCCGCGGCUCGCCGCGAACAGGACAGUCCAAACAGCCGGGGGGGGAAUCACUCUGGUGGUGGUCGGGCUGGUCAGGGCAGCCUGUCGGACUCUGGGAGGAACUCGUUGACCAGUCUGCCCACCUACGCAGGCUCAGGCUACGGCCCCCCACCGGCCCUGGGACCUCUCAGUGCCUCUACCAGUCACAUCAACCGGCUGGGCACGGCUGGCCUGGACAAGCCGGACAGACCUGGCUACCAGAACGGACUCAGCGCCUCAGACAGCGGCCACUCCUCUUCAGGCAAGAGCUCUUCGUCCUAUCAACGGCUCAGCCACCUGAGCGAUGCCCCUGCACCUCUCCGGCCCUCGCCUUCCUCGGACGACGUCAUCCGUGACCUGGAGGAUCGCCUGUGGGAGAGAGAGCAAGAGGUGCUCCACAUGCGGCGGAACUUGGACCAGAGCGAGGCGGCCAUCGCGCAGGUCUUUGAGGAGAAACAGCGGGUUUGGGAGCGUGAGAUGGAGGAACUGAGGCAGAACUACGCUGGACGGCUGCAGCAGGUGACCCGCCGCGCACAGCGCUCGCAGCAGGCCCUUCAGGCCCAGAUCACCCGCCUGCAGCAGGACAAGCGCCGGCUCCAGGACGAGAUGACCCUGCUGCUGGCCCAGCGAGAGGAGCUGGAGAAGAAGUGCCUGGACUACAGGAAGGAGCAGGCUGACCUGCUGCCCAAACUGGAGGAGACCAAGUGGGAGGUGUGUCAGAAGGCAGGUGAGAUCUCCCUGCUGAAGCAGCAGCUUCGGGACAGUCAGGGCGAGGUGACUCAGCGGGCAGGUGAGAUGGUGGCCCUGCGCAAUCAACUGAAGGAGUUGAACGCCCAGCUGAGGGAGAGGGAGGAGGCCGAGAUCAGCCUGAAGGAGUCCUUCUGCACCAAGACUCUGGAGCUGGAGCGCUGUGAGGCCGAGCUGCAGGCCAUGCUGGCAGAGGUGUCCGUGCUGAGAGACAAGCUGAGCGCAUUCGAGAUGGAGGUGGCUGGGCUGAAGAAAGCCCUGAGCGAGCUUAGCACCACCGCUAGUGCUCGCGCAGUUGAACCCAGCCUGGCCGAUAUGGGUCAGCUGGUGCUGUCCCGGAGUCGCGAGCGCCUCCUUUCCCCUCUGAGCCCCCCGGAGACCCCGACCUCUACUAUGCCAGCCUCUCUCCCUCCCCUCCCGGCCCUUCCAGCCAUCCCAGCCCUGCCCCCUCUCCCUGCUCCCGCCCCUUUGCCUGCGCCAGACCCACUGCUCAGCCUACAGAGCGACGACUCGAAGGCGCAGCGGCAGGAGGCAGGCGACCUGCGGCGGCAGCUGGAGCUUCUACAGGGUGAGCUGCGUCUGGAGCGGCAGCAGCGUGAGCGGCAGGCCCUCAGCUUCGCCCAGGAGCGCCAGACAUGGCAGGGCGAGAAGGAGCGUGUGCUCAAGUACCAGGCGCAGUUGCAGCUCAGCUAUGUGGAGAUGCUGCAGAAGAACCAGGCGCUGGAGGAGCGCGUGGACCAGCUCGGAUCACAGCUGUCCACUCCUGUCCUGGCUCUGCCCGCCUCCCCGGGGUCUCCGCCGCCGCCAGCGGCCAGCCCAGACCUCCAGACGCCGGCGUCCGUGGCCAUAUCGCUCACUUCCCCGACUCCGCCAGCAGAGGAGAAGAAGCUGCACCAGCUGGCGCCUCCUUGGCCCGUCCCGACUCGCCUGGAGAGGAUCGAGUCGACGGAGAUCUGAUCUGCCGGCGGCGAAUGUGACCUCUUCGAUGCAGUAAAAUUAACAGCUUAAAGCACCGAUUACAAUAGCGAUUACAAUUACAGUUGUACAAAAGUACGAAUGAGUACAAAACCCCUGAAACAAAAACGAAAAAGGUCAUGCCUACAGCUUCUGAGGACAGUCCAAGGAUGCCCUGCUGAGUGAGGCAGAGGUCAGGGUUGAGGGGUAUAUAUAUGUUUGUGUGGCCUUAUUGACUGACCUAUAGGGAAAACAGCUCUGUGGCUUAGUUGGAUUCGGUCUGGUUUGGUUGUAGAAAGAGCUGGCCCUGAGUCUGUAGCCAAGGGGAAGACAGAAGUACCUGGAUUUAACACUCAGGGGACAAGGGAUCAGGCAUUAAUAAUCCAGACUUAAGGCUAGACUGUUGGAGCUUAUUAGCCACGGUGCCCUCUUAGCUGGAGAGCGGCUACCUGAUACCAUUCGGUAUUACAUUCGCGAUGACAAAUUCACAUAUCGACAAGGUUAAAUCUCUAUAAAAAUCGAAUCAGUCUCAACAAAUGGCAAAACCUAUCAAAAAAACACUGUGGGUAUUAGAUAAUCAGCAUCUCUCUUAAAUACCGCUCCUCAGACAAACUCCAAGCCCACAACGACAACGUAAACAAGAUAGAAUCCGAAAUAACUGAAGAGACUCUUCUUUUGUUCUUUGUUUACUCCAAUGAGAAGCUAUGGGAAGACCCGAUGUCUUCCCGUUUAUGGUGCUUGUCCAUACCACACAAGUGUUUUUUUUUGGUGAACAGAAGGACCAAAUAUUCCUGAGCUGGUGCCGGUCUCGAGUUCCCUUAGUAGCGGAUGUAGUUGCAGUAAUUAUUACCAGCGGACUCCAAGGCCUGGUGUGCGUUUUCGCAUAAGAGCGUGCCUCAACCCUCCUGCUCUGUUAGCGAAAGCAGUGGCGGAGGACUUAUCACAUGGUCAUUUGACUCAGAACGUAUUUACCAGAACAUUUGUGUUUAAUUUUGUUUUUUUUUUCUGGCCUUUUUUCGUUCCAACGUUUCCAAAAAACAAUGUAGAGUAUAUUAGAAAGAGAGAGAAGUAUUAAAAAUAAAAUAGGUCAACGCACUUUGGUUUCUUUUUAAGAGAGCGCUUGUUGGCGGGUUCUUAACAGUCAGCAUCUGCUGAAAGCUUGACGUUUGGUUUAUGAAGCUGCUAGUCAGUGGGAGGAGUCCAGCGGCUGAGCCAAAAAAGGGCAAUCGGAGUAGUUUGCGGAGCCGGAAGCGCUUCUAAAGCGCGUUCCCUCCGCCGUUAACGCAUUAUAUUUGAGCAGGACCUUACUUUCUUCCAAAAAAACACAAAAAAACAACAAAAAAAAAGAGAGGAUAUGUGUCAAUGUAUACUUUCUGAAAGUAUCAUUUAGAAUAUUUGACUUCAGAAAAAAAAUAUAUAUAAUAUGCAGUAGAUUGAAGUGAUGUUUUGAAGUAAGUACACCGUGUACACAGGCUAUGUUGCCAUAUUUGAAUGGGUUAUAAAGACCGAGAAACGUCAGUCGUGUGGUUGUCGACGGGGAUUAGGUAGUGAGGUUGUGUAGUGUGGAUUGAGACUGAGGGAAAAAAAUAAAAGGUUUAGAUACAUUUACAAAAGGUGGUGAUGGGAAAGAGAUGGUAGCAUUAAAAAAAUAAAUAAAACUGAAAAAAAAAAGCGGAAACACUUGACUGUAGGUUUCUGCUCAUAAGGCUACAUGACACAUAAGCUUGUCAUAACAACCGACAUAACCCUAUGUAAAUGCUUAUGAAUGCUGCAGUAACUGGCAUAAAAGCUACUUUAGCCAACUUUGAUCAAAGUUGGCGAAUGUAUCCUUUAUAGCAAAUGACUCUUGCUGGAAAAAGUAUUUAUAAAGAGUUAUGUAGGGUUAUGUCAGUUGUCUUAACAAGCUUAUAGAGGUUAUGAACAGUACCCUAUAGUAAAGUGUUCCCCAAAAAACACCUUUUGUCACAAAGCCGACAGCUGUAUCAUAAGUUCUAUUGUACCACUAUCAUGGAUCCAACAGAUUAGGUUAAAACGGUGUCCCUGGUCUUUGGCUAAGGCUUAAUCUCCAUCCCGUCUUGAAUUGAGGCGCUUUUGUAACCCUUAUAAGUCAAGUCAUUACUUUCAUUUCCUAUACACUUUAAAUGGAACAUGUUAUGUAUUAAUGUCAUAGCGUGCAAUUAAUUACACUUUUGGUUCAAAUCUGCGUGUAAUUUUGGCUUUUUUCUGUUUGAUUUGAUAUUAAGAAAUGAAAAAAUGUCAAAAAUGAGCAAAAAAACACCAAAAAAAAACAAGCC